UCUUCUUCUUCGGGAGGCGCCCACAGCUGCCUGCCUCUCCCCUUCCCAUCCCCGUCCCCCUCCCCAUUUCUCCCCCAGACUCAGGCCAGAGAGAGAAAGAGAAAGCCAGCAGCGCCAGGGAGGGUCUCCUUCUCCAACUCCUCCUCCCCUUUUUGCAGCCUGAGGAGGAGCUUGUGUUGAGCCCCGCCGAUUGAGCUCUCUCUCUCUCUCUCUCUCUCUCUCUCAAUCUCUCUCUCUCUUUCUCAUCCACGUGGCUUCGGCGGGGCGGGAGCCGCUAUAUUAGGCAGGGGAAGCCUCCAGCCUGGGGCUUGGGCGCUCGCCUGGCUAUUGUUGCCGCCGAGAGAAAGAGAGAGAAGGAAAGCAAGGAGCGAGGCGAGAAUCGGGCUCGGAAAGACACAAAGGAGGAGGCGGCGGAGAUGGGAGCGGAUCCGGGCUAACUCGGCUUAAGCUUCCAAUAUUGGAAAGAAUCUGGUGCCUUUUGAUGUUGCGCAAAGAUGAUACUAUCACAUGGGGGUGUGUAUGUGUGGAGUUACUGGUUCAAAAGCUCAGGAGCAUGGGAUUAAAAUCCCCAGUUGGCCAUGUGACGUUGGGCAAGUCAUUUUCUCUCAGCCUCAGAGGGAGGCAAAGGCGAACGCUCUCCGAAGAAAUCCUGCCAAGAAAACUCCAUGAUAGCUGUGCUGGUUGAGUUUGACAGGAGUUGCAGUCCCAAGCACCAUGGGGUCUCUGGCAGGAGAAAGGCUGCAACAUACAAAAAGAUCUGGAGUGCAAGGCCCUGUUGUUGGAUUACAACUCUUAUUGUUGGCUGUGAUGGCUAGGGACUGAAGAGAGUUUAAAUCGAAUGAUAUUUGAAUCAUGACAUUCUCCACACGUGCUGUAAGGUAUGUCAAUUUUAGACUAGAAUCAAGAUAGAGGAUCCAUGCUAAUAGCUAUUCUUGGCCAAGUCAUUCACUCUCAGCCUAGUGCUGCCUGUUGUAUUAAUAAAAUAAAGUUUGAAAAAUCAUGUAGAGUCACCUUGGAGUUUGUUUUAAGGGACAAAACAAACCCAUAAAUUAAAAAUAUUGUACUGGAUUCAUAGCAAAGCAGGAUUUGAAUUGAUGGGGCUUUCUAGUUCAUGGUUGUUAGCUCAUUUUCUCACAGAAGGCUCCAAUUCUGCCUGGAGGCUCUGUUUGCUAUCUAUGCAAACUAUGUUAAACAGCUGACAUUAAUGCAGCGGGGGACAUUUGUAAUGCAAAUUGGCAUUCUAACACCCGUUGCCAUUAUCUAUUGGAGCAAAUUCACUGUGGACAGUUAAAAAUUUAAUGUUUCCCUCUUGGAUUUGUUUUUGUUUUUUUUGUGACAGCUCCUUUAAAAAGGCCAAGAGUUGCUCACAUCAUCUAGUUUCACUUCUUUUUUUGGUAUACAUGUAACCCUGCCUUGCUGCCAGUAAUGUUCCCAUUUUAUAUGAUAUAAUUAUAACAUUAGCCUCACUGUUGAAAAACACCUUGAUAAUGUGCAGACCAUCCUUUCAUACUUGUAACUAGCCUCUGCAUGUUCAGGGUUAUGGAUAAUGGCAAAAGGUAUAAUGGCUUAAGGAAAGAACUUUGGUAUAUGUGUUGUCAAAGGCUUUAAUGUCUGGAAUCAAAGGAUUGCUGUGAGUUUUCUGGACUGUAUGGCCAUGUUCCAGAAGCAUACUCUUUGUAGCAUAGUAAUAAUAAUAAUAAUAAUAAUAAUAAUAAUAAUAAUAACUUUAUUUUUAUACCCCACCCCAUCUCCCCGAAGGGACUUGGGGCGGCUUACAUGGGGCCUUGCCCGAUAAAACAAUCAAAUAUCAAAACACAGCAAUAAAACAAUUAUCCAAUAAAAACAUCAAUUACAGUAAAAACAAUCGUUAAAAUCGACAUAAAACAUACAAUAUUAAUACAGGAGACUAAUUCAUUGAACCCAGGCAAAGUGCAGAAUGUGCCGAAAUGGGCCGAAAUGGGGAAGGUAAUUUCACAGUAGAAAUGGACAAAAUGCAAUAGUCUCUAUGUCUCUGCAGCAUAGAAAGAAGGUUAGGGAGCACAUUAGAUGUGCUUUCCUGAUCAGUAGUUUUUCCAGUCUCCGUGUGUCUUGGAAUAGUUUCUCCCCGUAGAGAUGUUCAAUGUGUUGCCGAAAGCAUUCAUGGCCGGAAUCAUUGGGUUGCUGUGAGUUUUCUGGGCUAUAUGGCCAUGAUCCAGAAGCAUUCCCUCCUAGGGAUCCCUUCUAAGACUCUUAAGGUAAUAAGAUUUUUGCAUAAAAUCUGGAACCAUCUUUCAAAGGAGAGAUUUGCUGGUUGAGUCCCUUGCCAGCCACAAUGCCACUGAAAGCUGAAAAUAUGGUAAGGUAAAGGUAAAGGUUUCCCCUGAUGUUAAGUCCAGUCGUGUCCGACUCUGGGGGUUGGUGCUCAUCUCCAUUUCUAAGCUGAAGAGCCGGCGUUGUCCGUAGACACCUCCAGGUCAUGUGGCCGGCAUGACUGCAUGGAGCGCCCUUACCUUCCCGCCGGAGCGGUACCUGUUGAUCUACUCACAUUGGCAUGUUUUCGAACUGCUAGGUUGGCAGAAGCUGGAGCAACAGCGGGUGCUCACUCCGCUCCCGGGGUUUGAACCUGGGACCUUUUGGUCCACAAGUUCAGCAGCUCAGUGCUUUAACACACUUCGCCACCGGGUCUCCGGUACGUAAUUAAAAUAUCUUCCUGUUCACUUUCUGUCCCUGGAGGGGAGAGAAGUCAAAGAGAAGGCUCUCACUUUGGAGUGCAGGCUGUCUGUGCUGUAGGAAACUUGGCUCUGAGUUUGUGUCCCUCUUCUGCUGACAGAAGCACACCCAAGUUCUGAUGCUUUUCUCUACCGAGAAAGGCAUUUGUCUCCUUCCUCUGCCAAGAGAAGUGCAUCUAAACUUCUGGUGCUUCAUUCUACUAAGAAAGGAGUUCAUCUCCCUCUUCUGCAGAGAGAAGUGCAUCCAAUUUUCCGAUGCUUUUCUCUAACAAGAAAGAUAUUAAUUUCUUUCCUCUUCCAAAAGAAGCACACUGAAACUUCUGAAACUAUUUCUACCAAGAAAGGAGUUUGUUUCGUUUCUCUGCAACUAAAGCUUCUGUUCUUUCUCCAACAAGGAAGGGGUUUGUCUCAUUUCUCUGGUGAGAGAAGCACAGUCAAAUCUCAUUGCUUCUCUCCAUCAAGCAAAAAGUUUGCCUCCUUCUUUUGCUCAGAGAAGAGCAGCUGAGCUCUGCUGCUCUUGUUGACAGAAGAAGGAGAUGGACUCUUUCUUCAGCCGAGAGAAGUACAACUGGAGUCCUCUCCAAAUGUUAUACCCGGGGAGAGGACUGCCUUUGGGAGCUGCCCUUCUGUUCAUCUGUGGAAACUUUGAAACUACAUAACAUAAUGUAGCCUUCUGUACCCUGCCAUGUCUUCUUUUCUAAGCUGGCAUGCAGUCAGUGCCCAUCUAUAAGCUAGUACAUGUUGUUGACAAAUAAGUAUGCUCAUGGAAAGUGUGUGUGUCUUAUGUGCAUAAUGAAAUAACCUCUUUCUACUAUUUAUGGAAAUGUACUAGCUCAUCAGACUUACACCCACUGGGUCAGUAUCAGUUAUAACUUCUAAAUCAGAACAGAUUCAAAUGAUUUUAUUUGUAAGGUACCAGACCAGUUCUUCACAGUGGGGUGUCAAAUUAUACAAAUUUUACUCUCUUGACCAGUGUGUAAAAGACCUCUGAUUACUCAAAACAGCUCUGCUGGCUGGCUCCCUGUAGAUAUAGAGGCAGAGGUGAAAUGUACCUUUGCUGCCUGUAUUGCCACAGAGGAAGCUCUCAGAUAAGCUCUAGUUCGUCACUGACCACAUGUGCUUCCAAUGUUCUGCCAAUACUUUUAUAGUGGCCCACUUUGGUUCUCCUCUGUGAGAAGUCCACUGCCCUUGACCCUUCUUCAUUCUGGAGGUUGGCCAGAACAUCAAUAGGUUCACCUAUGGUCAUCAGAAAGCUCAAGAGCCAUUAGGAAUCCAUCCAGAGUCAUGAAGUUUCUAAGGCAACUUAAAAUAACAUGAGCUUUUGCACCAGCUGGGUCAGAAGGGCAUUCUAUAAUUGGAUUUCAUAGUCAGAAGACCCUCUACCUGUUCCAUCAUAAUGUAUUGAUUUUAGUGGUAUGACACAGAUGGGGCCACUGCCUGACAGAUCUUAAACCUCAGGCACAUAUCCAGAGGGACCAUAUUUCCCUCAGGUACCAUAUUUAUUCAAUAGUAAGAUGCCAUUGAUUGCAAAGUAGCACCACCACCAACAGAAAGACAUAAGAUACACCUGUUCUAAGACACAUGGAUGAUAAGAGCCAGGGGGUUUUUGCCCUACCCAAUCUAAGAUUAUAUUACGAGGCGAGUAAUCUUAUAUGGAUUAAGGACUGGAUACAAUUAAAAAAGAAAAAGAUACUAAAUCUAGAAGGAUUUGACUUGCGCACAGGUUGGCAUUCAUACCUGUGGUAUGACAAAACUAAAAUAGAAAAAAAAUUCCAUAAUCAUUUGAUAAGAUCGGCCCUAUUAAAAACAUGGGAUAAAUACAAAACUAGAAUGUACUGUAAAACACCAGGAUGGCUAUCGCCCCUGGAAGCCUCACAAAGAAGACUACUGGGGUGGUCAAAUUGGCCAAAAUAUGAAGAUCUAAUAAAAAAACAGGGCUCGGAAAAUCUAUUAAAAACGCAACAAGAAAUAAAAAUAAAAUAUACAAACAUAUCGUGGUUACAAUAUGGACAAUUAAAAGAAUUUUUAAAAAAAGAUAAAGCAUUGGGAUUCAUGGAAAAAAAUAAUAGAUGGGAUAGAAUCUUAGAAACGGAUAGAAAAACAAUUUCGAAGAUCUACAAAGUACUUUUAGAAUGGGAUACAGAGACAGAAACUGUUAAAGAAUGUAUGACUAAAUGGGCGAAAAACAUUGGGAGGGCAAUUCAUAUGGACAAAUGGGAGGCAUGUUGGAACAGAAAAUUAAAUCUAACAUACUCCUAUGAUUUAAAAGAAAAUUGGAUGAAAAUGCUAUAUAGAUGGCAUAUAACACCAAAAAAAUUAGGUUUGAUAAAUAAAAGCAUGAACACAAAAUGUUGGAAGUGCGGAGAGGAAGAGGGCACAUUUUUCCAUAUUUGGUGGAAAUGCAGGAAAGCUAAAAAAUUUUGGUCAACUAUUCAUGAAAGCCUCCAAAAGAUCAUAGAAAAAAGAUUCAAUAAAUUACCAGAAACAUACUUAUUAGGAAUUUCAAACUUCCCCCCGGGAUCAAAUGAAGAAAAAAUAGUGACAUACUUGACAACAGCUGCUAGAAUCACUUAUGGAAGAUAUUGGAGACAAAAAGAAAUACCUAGCGAAAUAGAGUGGCUAAUUAAAGUUUCAGAGAUAAAAAACUCAGAUAGAUUAACCUUUUUAAUGGCUAAACAACAGGGUAAACCAAGAAAAGAGACAAAUUGGCAACAAGUAGAGAAAUACAUAAAUAGAAAGGAGAAAAGGAAAAAAUAGGUCAAAUAAUAAUAAUAAUAAUAAUAAAUUUUUCAAAUAAAAACCAUAGGAUAUAUCACUAAGAGAAAUAUAAAUAAGUAAAGUAACAGAUAUAUAUAUAGAUAAAGUAUUGGUAGAAAUAGGGGAUAGGCUCAAAUAGAUUAAUAUAUUAGGAAACAAGAGGAAGCGAAUGAAGACGGCGAAAGAAGAAAGGAGAGUGACAUAAAUGAAGAAGAACCCAUCGGGAAAGCUGGGAAGUCCAAGAUAAUUUUUUUUUUAAUACUUUACUCUAUUCUCGUUUUCGUUGGCUUUUUAUUUAUUUAUUUAUUUAUUUUUCUUUUCUUCUUUUUUCUCUCUCUCCUUCUUUCUUCUUUCCCAUUCCUUUUUUUAUUAUUUACUUCUUUUCACUCAUUUUUUUCUAUUCGUUUUAUCAAAAAUGAAUGAAAAUUCUUAAUAAAGAUUAUUUUAAAUAACUACCUUGAAGUCAGAUUGGAAAUAUAUCGGCAGCCAAUGCAAUUAUCUUAUAUACUCAAAUAUAAGCCAACCCGAAUAUAAGCCGAGGCACCUAAUUUUACCACAAAAAAACCUGGGAAAACAUUGACUCCAGUAUAAGCCGAGGGUGGUAAAUUUCAGAAAUAAAAAUAGAUACCAAUAAAAUUACAUUAAUUGAGGCAUCAGUAGGUUAAAUGUUUUUGAAUAUUUACAUAAAGCUCAAAUUUAAGAUAAGACUGUCCAACUCUGAUUAAAUCAUUAUUCUCAUCUUCUUCAAUGUAAAUGUGCUUAUGUGUCCUUUUAAUAAUAAUAGAGUAAAAUAAUAUAUAUCAUAAUAAUAAUAAUAAAUACAGAAAAAUAAUACACGUAAUAAUAGAGUAAAAUAAUAAAUGCAAUAAUAAUAAGAUCGAAGUGAAAUAAUAAAUGUAUUAUUAAUAAUAAUAGAGUAAAAUAAAUGUAAUAGUAGCAACAAUAAUAGAGAAAACUAAUAAAUGUAAUAAUACCAAUAAUAAUAGAGAAAAAUAAUAAAUGUACCAUAUAUUCUCGAGUAUAAGCUGACCCAAAUAUAAGCCUUCUUCAAGGGCGCAAACACACAUAUAGUAUGUUACAGUAGUCUAACUGGGAGGUUACCAGUGCAGGGAUUAUUGUAGCUAGGUUAUUAAUGUUCAGGAAAAUUUGAAAUGGGAUUCUCUUCAUUCAGUGUUUUGGGGUAAUGAAAAAAUUGAUAGCAGUAAAAGCUUUUUGAAUGCCACCCAUUUACCAAAAAAACCCUGUUAGCAACAACCUGCAGUGUUUACAGCGGACUCUGCAGAAAACAUUUCAGCUGUACUCUACAAAAAGUAAAAUCAGCCUUUUAAGCAAGCCUUGCAAAUGCUGAUUUAUUAUUAGUGAAUGUUUGAUUUUAUACCCAUUUUAUAUGCCUAUAUAUCUGGGGACCAUUAAAUGUAUAGGGCAGAAAAAGUUUGUGAGUGGAAAAGUUUAAGAAGCUCUGUUUUAAGUGAUAUCUGUAUGCUACAAAGUUUGAAUCUGUCACAAGGUAUUAGACUUAUGAUUAUGUUUUGUUAUUCUCACUGCAUGAAUUCAUUAGUUUACUAAAUACUAGAAUAUGUUAUCAGCAGCAGUUUUCUGAAAGGACAGUGCUAAUAAUCUCGCUGUCAUUCCAAGUACACCCAGCAUUUAAUUUUCCUCUGACUAAAGUUUACAUUCCACUGCCAAUCAGAGGUGCUACGUACACACUUGGAGAAUUAUGUCAUCCUCUUUGGAUUUUGGUCAAAUUGAUUCACCACCUCUAUUAACUCCUUUAAUGUUGAUACUAAACUCUGGAGCAGUUUUACCAUCCCACUAACAUGGAGGAUGAGAUAAUAUUCCUGCAUUCUGUAAAGGGUACAUUUUCCAUUUUUGGUGACCUUCAGGCAAAUCAUUCACAGAGUUUUCUGAGGCAGAGAGUGUGUGAUUUGCCCAAGGUCACCCAAUAGCUGUCCAUGGCAGUGCAAGGAAUCAAAGCCUGGUCUCCAGAGUCAGAUAGUACGCAUCAUGUUGGCUGUUGUAGCAAACCUUUAGGGACGGCAAAACUCUUCCUUGUUUUUUUUUCUGUGACAGAUUUACACUCCUACCCUUUUGAAAACCGCCAGCAUCUGUUGCUGCUCUACUCUUUGCAUAUCUUUUCAAUAUAGAUUUGUUUGCAUAGGUUUCCGGAGAAAUAGACACCCACAGACCUAAACACCCACAAGAAGAACAGCACGUUUUAACUGACAGCAAAGCAAACAACUCCGUAGUCCUCUUGCUUCUUUUCUGGGGCUCAUCUUAAUUCACCAAUUAAGGCAGGAAUUUGCUGACAGAUUGGGCUCCUGUCUCUCACCGAGCAGAUGGUCUCUUCAGUCUUUGGUAGUUGCUGAUAAAUUAAUAAAGGUGCUUCUCAGGUUUUCUGUUGCCGGUCUGCAUCACUCUCCGGUCAUAACAACUUGGCUGUGGAUAUUGUAGCCACGGGAUCCCAUCACUUCGUAGAACAGGACAUUUGGGCACAGUUGUAUGUCUUGAUCAGAGAGGGAAGCAGGUUAGAGGAGCCAAAGAUGAUUGUGUGUGAUGUCACAUUAUUAAGUUUAUUCACACCCUGCAUAGAAUAUGUGCCAAGGAAAUCUUGCAGCAUGGUAGGCAUAUCUAUUCUUUUAGGUAAAGGUAAAGGUUUCCCCUUGACAUUAAGUCUAGUCAUGUCUGACUCUGGGGAUGCUGCUCAUCUCCAUUUCUAAGCCAAAGAGCCGGCGUUGUCCAUAAACACCUCCAAGUUCAUAAGGCCAGCAUGACUGCAUGGAACGCCGUUACCUUCCCGCAGAAGCGGUACCUAUUGAUCUACUCACAUUUGCAUGUUUUUGAACUGCUAGGUUGGCAGAAGCUGGAGCAACAGCAGGCGCUCACUCCGUUCCCAGGAUUUGAACCACUGACCUUUCAGUCAGCAAGUUCAGCAGCUCAGUGGUUUAACUUGCUUCGCCACCGAGGGCUCAUGUAUUCUUUUAUGCGAUAGUAAAUGCUGCAAAAGAAUGGCAAAACUCAUGGGUUCUUCAUGUAUUCAGUGAAAUGGACUAUAGAGUAAAAUGCAUUGUAUUAAAUCUUGCCACAAGGUUCUUUGUUAUUGUGGCAAGACUCUGUUGUAACUGAUUUACACUGCUACCCUUUUGAGAAAGGCAGGGUUCUGUUGAACUUUUUAGCAAAGUUUUUUUUUUCAUCCCAUCACUCUUGGCUGGAUGUGGAAGGGGUGGCAGAGUGCUUGACACUGCCUUCAAUGGCAUAGCCACCUUUGUAUCUGUCCAGUAUGGUUGAUGAAUAACCUGUCCCCAUUUUACACAUGUAGAGACUGAGGUAGAAGGAAAGAAAGAGGGAGGAAGAUCAUAGCAACAGGCAGCUUUUGAGCCAGGAAUUUCCUGAUUCAUAGAUUACAGGAUGUUAGUAUUGUUGAGUUGGAAGGACCCCAAAAGUAAUUUAGUCCAGUCCCUACUGAUGGAGCAAAUCCAUAGUCAGAGCAUCUCCAUCUACCUGCAGUUUAUGAGCCUGAUCUGCAUCACUGGAUUGUGUGGGUGUGCAGGUGGUGUGGACUUCACUGGGUUAUUUAUUUCGUGUCAAAAGCAUUGUGCAACAAAUACAUUUCAAAUAAUAGGAAAAAAAGAAAAAAAGGAAAAAAAAGAAAUCACAAGCAACUAAAUAGUUUUGGACCAAAAGCGGGCAACAGCAACCGCAUUGUCUGUAGCUUUAAACAACUCCUCCUCCGUGCAUGAGGCAGGGCAUUGUGGGCAAGCAUACAUGUGCUGAGUUGUUUGUUCAGCUCCACAGUCACACAAGGUGGAGGAUUCCUCCAGGUAGUGCCACCUUGCCAGGUUGUCUUUUGAUCUGCCCACUCUGCUUCUGAAUCUGUUUAAGGACUUCCAAGUUGCCCAUUCUUGGUUUGCCCCAGGAGGAAGACCCUCUUGGGGGGCCAUCCAGUUAGAAUUGCCAAGUUUAGCUGCCCAGAGGGACACCCUUGCUGCUGCUGGAGGAACAUCAAGAGGAGUGGUGGUUCUCAUGAAGCCCUUCCUUGAUUUGAGUCUGGUGGGAGGAGGCUGAUAGUCAUACAGUGGUUGGCUUUCACAGUGUUCGACCUUAUUUCUCUCACCGUUGGCAGCAACUUCCCGUCGCACGUCAGGAGGGGCAAUGCCAGCUAACUUGUAGAGUUUAUCAACAGGUGUAGGUUUAAGGCAUCCCGUGAUGAUUCUGCAUGUUUCAUUCAGUGCUAUGUCCACCUGCUUUGCAUGGGCAGACUUGUGCCAAACAGGACAGGCAUACUCUGCAGUUGAGAAAGACAAGGCCAGGGCUGAUGUUCUUACUACUUGUGGGUCUGCACCCCAUGCGCUGCCAGUCAGUUUCCACAGGAUGUUGUUGCGUGCAGCUACUUUGUGCUUGGUGUUCAUGCAGUGUUUCCUAUAUGUUAGUGUUCGGUCUAAGGUGACACCAAGGUAUUUAGGAUGGAAACAGUGUUCGAGCUCUUGGCCUUCCCAAGUAACUUUCAGUUUCCUGUUGGCUUCGCGGUUACGUAGGUGGAAAGCACACACUUGUGUCUUGGCAGGGUUCGGCUUCAGGUGGUUCUCCUUGUAGUAGCUGGAGAGAUCUUUCAAGGCAUUGGUGAGUUGCUUUUCAACUGUUUCAAAAUCUUUUGCUUGUGUUGUAAGGCCAAGGUCAUCAGCAUAUAUAAAGCUCUUUGUGAGUGGUGGUAGUGGCUGAUCGUUCGUGAAGAUGUUAAAUAAGGUCGGUGCAAGAACGCUGCCUUGGGGUAAACCAUUCUUUUGCCUCCUCCAUCUGCUUUUCUGGCCCUGAAACUCCACAUAGAGGCUGCGGUUUUCUAGGAGGGUCUGGACAGUUUUUGUAAAGUCAAAGUCCCGGGUGAUAUGGUAGACUUUAUGCAGCAUUUUUCUAUGUUGCACCGUGUCAUAGGCUGCCGUAAGGUCCACAAAAACUGUUCCUGUAAGGCAGCCUUUCUCAUAGCCUUCCUCGAUAUGCUCAGUCAGAUGAAGAAUUUGACCUGUACAGUUUUUCCCUGGUCUGAAACCUGCUUGUUGUGCAAUAAGCUUGGGUUCGAUAACAGGUCCUAGUCGAUUUAAUAGCAUCCUCUCAUAGACUUUAUAUAGAUGACAUAAGAGGGAGAUUGGUCAGUAGUUCCUGGCAUUGGAGGCAUCUUUACCAGGUUUUAAGAUGGCAAUGAUCUUAGUUUUCCUCCAUGCUCUGGGAAUCUGUUUGUGUGCCAGGCAUUGAUUGUAGAAUUUCAAAAGCCAGUUUUCAGCUUUGGGGCCCAAGUGUUUGAUUUGCUCCAUCAUCAGGUCAUCUAGGCCAGGUGCUUUACCAGUCUUACAUCGCUUGAUGGCUUCUCUGAGUUCUUUCAGGUUUAGAGGAGAAGACAACUGGUGGGUUUCAAGUUCUGGCACCCUGUUGAUUUUCAUCUUUAUUCUGCUGCAGUUGGUUUUCCCAUUCUGAAUUAGCUGGUGAGCUAUGUGAUUUGGUGUCAUGUUCGCAUGUCCAGGGUUGACCAGAGGGUCACUAUCCAGGCGUCUCAGCAAUUGCCAGGCUUUUCGGCUACUCUUGGACAUGUCCAGGUUCUCAAGCAGCUCUAUCCAACAGUCUUUCUUAGCAUUAGCUAAGGCUGUAGAUAGUUUUUGGCCUGCUACUAUAGUCCCAUCACUGUAUGGGUUCUCUUGAAAUAAUCUGAGAUAUUCUUGUAGCUGAUUUGGUGAUUCUUCGUUUAGGCCUGGUAGGUAGCUUGUGCGACAGCCUCUAGGGAUUGAGAGCCUUGAGGAUCUUUUCACAGCUUCUACGAACAGGUCAUAAUUUUCUAUAGAAGGUUCUAUAUCAGAAAUAGCAGCUUCCAAGGUCUCUGUAAACUUUGUCCAGUUAGCUUUAUUGAAGUUUUAUCUUCUGCGGAAUGGGACUUCACUGGGUGACACCAUCAGAAGUUCUUGUAUCAACCAUGGAGAUGAGCAGAGUUCAAUGGGAAGUUCUCCAUUACAGGGAAAGGGCUGGAGAAGGGCAUUAGGUCUCUGAAAGUUGUUAUACACAAACUCAGGAUACAGGAAGGACAGAAGACAUUGAUACUUGAAGAUGGAGUGUCUUCCGUUAAGUAGUCUUGCCUAAAAACCAAGAUCUGAAGCAGGGCUCUACUCAUCCAUGCCUGAUCUGGUACAGAGGGAGGUCUGUGGAAGUGACACUAUGAGUUACUACACUAGGUGACACCAAUCUUAGUGCUGCCACUGAUAAGCCACCACCUUCUGAAAUAUCUGCAAUGAUGCUCUAGUUCACAAAGAAAGACAAAACAUGUUCGAAGACAUAGCAAGAUAUGUCUGUUUCAUUUCGACUUUGUGACAGCAGUGAGCAGGUUCAAAAAGCUCCCUGGUGUGUUAGUCUUCCUAUGUCCUGAUUUACAUUUAAUCUGAUUUCAAUCCCAUUAACUUCGACAUCAUAGCAGGGAGGGAGAGGGGAGGAAGAAGUCUAAGCGAGUGAGAAUCUGGCUUGAGUUUACUGCUUUGAAAGAUAAAACUACUGGGAUUGCGUGAAAGCUUGCACCUUGAUUUAGUUUUAUUUUUCACAGUCAUAAAAUUGAUAUGCCCUGGAAGGCCAAACCCCACACAUUUUCACAUUGGUUGCAAUUAGUAGUAGAAAGAUAUUUCAGCAAGCAUUCCUUGAAAGCUGCUCCUAUGAGCUGUCUAGCAAUUUUAUCUAUUAAGCGUGAAUGUACAAGAGGAAUUUUCCAUCAUGGAGAUAAUUCAUGGAUUUGUAGCAAAAAAGAGAGGCAAGGAACAAAACGUUUUUAAGUGAAUUGAGCUGUCUAUAAAGUACUUGAAACUGCCUUGGUUCAUUAUUUUUUUCUAAAUUGAAAUACUCACAGAUUUUAAGAGCAGACAAGAAAAUACAAAAUAGCAUGCUUUGUAGAUUUCAAUUGAAGGAUACGAUGUUAACAACAACCAAAGGAAGGAAAGGGCGGGGUGGGAAGUGGGGAAAUGACAGAAAGGCUGCAACAUAGGUCACAGCCCAAUUUCAGAAAUAUGGAAAAUAUAUUCUUGAAUGGAAAGCCAGCACAGUAUAGUGCAGUGGUUCUCAAACUUUCUAAUGCCACGACCCCUUAAGACAGUUCCUCAUGUUGUGGUGACCCCCAACCAUAAAAUUAUUUUUGUUGCUAUUUCACCUGUAAUUUUGCUACUGUUAUGAGUCGUAAUAUAAAUAUCUGAUAUGCAGGAUGUAUUUUUAUUCACUGGACCAAACUUGGCACAAAUACCCAAUAUGCCCAAAUUUGAAUACUGGUGGGGUUGGGGGGGAUUGAUUUUGCUAUUUGGAAGUUGUAGUUGCUGGGAUUUGUAGUUCACCUACAAUCAAAGAGCAUUCUGAACUCCACCAACGCUGGAAUUGAACCAAACUUGGCACACAGAACUCCCAUGACCAACAGAAAAUACUGGAAGGGUUUGGUGGGCAUUAACCUUGAGUUUGGGAGUUGUAGUUCAUCGACACCCUGAGAGCACUGUGGACUGAAACAAUGAUGGAUCUGGACCAAGCUUGGCAUGAAUACGCAAUAUGCCUAAAUGUGAACACUGGUGGAGUGCGGGGAAAAUAGACUUUGACAUUUGGGAGUUGUAGUUGCUGGGAUUUAUAGUUCAUCUACAAUCAAAGAGCUCCUUGAACCCCACCAGCGAUAGAAUUGGCCAAAGGACAGGUGGAGAGAACUUCAGUCUUCUCUGCCAAAGGGAUCACAAGACCAUCAGAAAUAUGUGUUUUCUGAUGGUCUUUGCAACCCCUCUGAAGCCCCCUUUGAGCAUUGGAUUUUGAUUUUGGAAACUGGAUCUCUGCUCAGCCAUGAAAUGCCACUGGGUGAUUUUGGAGUUGUCAGUCACACUCUAUCAGCCUCAGAAAUGACCAGAAAACCCCAUCAUAGUCUUGCCUUAGGACUGCAAUAAAUCGAAACAUCUUGAAUGCACACAACAAUAACUAUUCCUAAAUUGUUUUGGCUAGGAAUAGAAAAAAAUAUUCCAAAAUAGUCAAAAAUUCAGUGUUGAGAAACCCUGGAAAGCCAAAUUUGGACUGAUGAUAAUCUGCACAGUCCGAGACUUAUUUUCAUUAAAAAAAUUGUAUGGGGUUGAUCUGCAAA